UUGUAAGAUUUCAUCAAUAAGCGGCUGAAAAUAAAAAUACUAGCAUAACUUUACAUAUAAAUUUUUUCAUCGUUUCGCGUAUAAACGGGUAAAUCUCUUCAAGUAAAAACUCAAGUAAAAAAAAAUAGCAGCACGAACCCGAAUCCUGGUGUCAGCGUGGGACUGAAGCUAAGACAUGAAAUCAAAGAUUCAGCAGAAAAAAGGAGUGGGGAAAAACUAUCCAUCCCUAUGAGACUGACGAUCUAGAGCUCAUUAACAAUUCUGCUUCCAAAGUGCACGAGUGGAGUGAAAAAAACUUCAAAAAUGACUCUGUACUACGAGGAUUAUGUGUUACCAUCGGACCCUUUACCUCAUGCGGAAUUGAGGGUUUAUGUGACGGAUGGUGUAAGGCGGGUGGAAUUGGUGUAUGACGACACCAUCCACGAUCAUUACCAGCAUCAUCAGCGAGAUUGGACGAGAGUGCAGCAAUAUCGUCGGGGAGCGACGGAGAUCGAGCGUCGGGAGAACGCCGCACGUUCUCGAGCCCUGAAGAAAAGAAGGGAAGCAAAAAAGCUCCUCAAGCGAAAAGGUGAACCGUCCUCGUGGAUCGACGUGACGUUUCCAAAAAGAAAUAGAAGUGAUAUGGACCUCGUGGAACGGGAGGAAAAAAAGAAAUUGAAAUGGAGGCUUAUACCCUUCGAUUUCGAAUCUCCACGCCCUCCAAAUAUACGACGAUAGGAGAAUGAGUUCAAGAGAGUGGCUAUUCUGGAAAGCGAUGAAGAAGCAGAAGAAGAAGACCCGAGAAAGAAGAAGAAGCGAAACGAAUAAAAAUAAUUUCCAAACGAAUUAAAAUCAAUAAAAUUCCUGUAAUAUUUGAAUUCAGCUGCA